UAGUUCAUCAAUAAUGUUGUACCUUAUUGGCUUGGGCCUUUCCUAUGAAUCCGACAUCACCGUGCGCGGUCUCCAGAUUGUAAAGCAGUGCAAGCGUGUGUACUUAGAAGCGUACACCUCCAUCCUCAUGGCUGCGGACCAAGACUCGCUUGAAAAGUUCUACGGCAGAGAGGUGAUCCUCGCAGACAGAGAGUUGGUGGAAACCGGUUCCGACGACAUUUUAGCUAAUUCUCAGGAAGACGACAUUGCUUUCUUGGUGGUGGGCGACCCGUUCGGCGCCACCACCCACACCGAUUUGAUCAUCAGAGCCAGAGAGUUGGGCAUCAAGGUCGAGGCCAUCCACAACGCAUCGGUCAUGAACGCCGUGGGUGCCUGUGGCUUGCAGUUGUAUAACUUUGGGCAAACGGUGUCCAUGGUUUUCUUCACAGAAACCUGGAAGCCGGACUCCUUCUACAACAAGGUCAUGGAGAACAGACGCAUCGGGUUACACACCUUGUUAUUGCUUGACAUCAAGGUCAAAGAGCAGAGCAUCGAAAACAUGGCCCGUGGCAGAUUAAUCUAUGAACCACCGAGAUACAUGGAUAUUUCUACCGCGUGCCAGCAGUUGUUGGAGGUUGAAGAGUUGAGAGGCGAACAGGCGUACACCCCCGACACCCCGUGUGUGGCCGUCUCCCGUUUGGGCUCCCCUACCCAGUCGUUCAAGGCCGGUACUUUGAGAGAGUUGGCCAAGUACGACUCUGGUGAGCCAUUACACUCUUUGAUCAUGUUGGGCAGACAAGUUCACGAGUUGGAAAUGGACUACUUGUACGCGUACACCGACAAGAAGGAAGAGUUCAAGCAAGCGGUAUUGGCCGACCAGGAGUUCUUCAAGCCGCCACCACCAGUGUUUGAGGAAGAGGAGUUUAGCGAUUAAGAAUUUUACGUUAUGUUUCGAUAGUUUAUGUAAGAGCGGACAAACUGCAGGGUAUGUUUGUAAGGUUGGCUCGGUAUCUUUUAUUCUGGUUUCCCACAUGUAGUUUAUCAUUGUCCACAGGAACGUUU